AUGGCAGGGGAUCUAUCUGACAUGGAUCCAACUGUAGUGGCGGCUCUUCUCGAAAAAUCAGUGGCUCUUCAUUAACUAGUAAUUUUACGAAGCACAUAAGUUAUGUAAAUUGCCAUGCUACUUCUUCUUCUGAGAUGACUUUGAACCAAUUUUUGAGCGACUUUUUGAAACUUUUGAGCAAAAGUAUAAUAAUUUCCAAAAAGUACAAAUAUUUCUCUAUAUUUCUACAUAAAUUUUCAAAACAAAACUUCGACUCAACAAGGAGAAAUAGGGGAUGUUUUAAAUAUGUCGAAAAAAUGUGUCACACAUAUCUGCUGGCUACCAUAUUCCGAAGAUGCCAAAUGAUUUCAAAACAAAAAUUAAAAAACCAUUAUUAAAAAUUACAUGCAAUUUUCUAAAAUUAUUGAUUUUUGCUUAUAAGAUCCUCCAAAUUCAACAUUUUCGCUUCAAAUUUCGACUAAGCAUUGUACAUUUUGGUCCUCUAUUUAGUUUUGAAAGAAUUUUUGAAAAAUGUUGGCUCAUCUCCAAAAUCGUCCUGACUGUAAGAGACAUGCCUUUUGCGAUUCGGAAAUGUGAGGAAUUUCUGGUUGAGAAAUAUGAAAGGCCCAAGCGAGAUAUACUCAAUAUUGCAAAGCAAUAUCAACUUGAGAACUUGAAGAAACUAUGUCUUGCAAAAAUCAAUACGAUUGAUGAAAUCAAGGCGGCAAUGGCAGGUAAUCUAUCUGACAUGGAGCCAACAGUGCUGGCGGCUCUUCUCGAAAAAUCGGUGGCUCUAAAAUAA